GGCUGGAUGGUGAAGUGUUGGUCCAUGUGAUAGUUAAUAAUUCAGUGUCAGCCGUGCAGCACACAGGUCUGCAUGCAGCAAAAUCGCAGCCUCGCUCCUGCAGCCUGCGCUUUGACAGCUGCACCAUGAAAUAGAGAGAGAGAGAGAGAGAGAGAGAGAUAGCUCAGGGUACUGCAGAGCACACACUUUCUGCCAGACAAGCUCACAGAGAGAAGGGAAUACUAAAGAGCCACUUCUUGUCUGGACAGAGGCUAAGAGAGAAGAGAGGGGCACCAUGCUGGAGGCCGGACCGAGGAAGGUGCCGAGGUGGCCGCAGUGGAGGCUGCUGCUCUUAGCCUCCCUGUGGCUCCUGCUCCUGCUGCCAGGGGGUGGCGAGGCCAAGCGGGCACCCAAGAUCCCCCGCUGCCCUUCUACCUGCUCCUGCACCAAAGACAGCGCCUUCUGCGUGGACACCAAGGCCAUCCCCAAGAGCUUCCCCCCGGGGAUCAUCUCCCUGACGAUGGUCAACGCUGCCUUCACUACGAUUCCAGAGGGAGCUUUCUCCCACCUGCACCUGCUCCAGUUCCUAUUGUUGAACUCAAACACAUUUUCUAUGAUUGCGGAUGAUGCCUUUGCUGGUUUGUCACAUUUGCAAUAUCUGUUCAUUGAAAAUAAUGACAUCCAGUUGCUGUCAAAGAACACUUUCAGAGGACUGAAAUCCCUAACGCAUUUAUCUCUGUCCAAUAACAACCUUCAGGGUCUUCCUCGGGAACUCUUCAAGUAUCUUGAUAUCCUCACAGACUUAGACCUGCGAGGCAACGCGUUCCGAUGUGACUGUAAGAUCAAAUGGCUGGUGGACUGGAUGGAGAAGACCAACACUUCGGUGCCCGCCAUCUACUGUGCCAGCCCGUUCGAGUUCCAGGGACGCCGCAUCCAUGACCUCACACCGCGGGAUUUCAACUGCAUUAGCGCAGAUUUCGCUGUGUACGAGACUUUCCCUUUCCAGUCCCUGUCUGUGGAGUCCUAUGAGUUUGGUGGAGACCAGUAUGUGGUGUUUGCCCAGCCCAACACUGGAAUUUGCACGGUAUACGUGUGGGAUCACGUGGAAAUGAUUUUCAGGAACUACCACAACAUCACAUCUCGGUCAGCGGUCUAUUGUAAACCUGUGGUUAUCAACAACACACUCUAUAUGGUGGUUGCCCAGCUUUUUGGAGGAUCCCACAUAUACAAAUGGGAGGAAGGGCCUCUGAGAUUUGUAAAGAUCCAAGAUAUCGACACAACCCGUGUACGCAAGCCAAACUUUGUGGAGACCUUCCAGAUCGAAGGGGAUUGGUACUUCGCCGUGGUCGACAGUUCCAAGGCAGGCUCCACCAGCAUCUACCGUUGGAACAGCAACGGCUUCUAUUCCCAUCAAUCCUUGCACCCGUGGCACCGUGACACCCACGUGGAGUUCCUGGAGGUAGAGGGCAAGCCACGGCUCAUCCUCUCCAGCGCGUCGCAGCCCCCGGUGGUCUACCAGUGGAACCGCAGCCAGCGCCAGUUCGCCUUCUACUCCCAGAUCGCUGACACGGCGGACGUGCAGAUGGUCAAACACUUCUGGAUACGCAAGGUGCUCUACCUGUGCCUCACACGCUUCAUCGGUGACUCCAAGAUUCUGCGUUGGGAGGGCCAGCGCUUCGUGGAGAUCCAGACUCUGCCCUCCCGCGGCUCCAUGGCCGUCUACCCGUUCAGUGUAGGCCAGAGGCAGUAUCUCCUCCUGGGCAGCGACUACUCCUUCUCCCGGGUGUACCUGUGGGAUGACCUCACCCAGCGCUACCAGCCCUUCCAGGAGCUCAACCUGCUGGCACCCCGGGCCUUCAGCCUCAUCUCCGUGGACAACAAGGACAUCCUGCUGGCCGCUAGCUUCAAGGGAAAGACCCUGGCUUACCAACACCUGGUGGUGGACCUGAGUGCAAAGUAAAUUGUUUAAAGCUGCUGCUUGUGUAUAAGCGUAUGCAGGAGGUUUUUCAAAGUGGAUUGCCAAAGACACCAGAGUAGGCAGGUUUACACAUAAUAGGGGUCAUUUUUUGUUUUCUAAAAUUUUGGGUCAUAAUGAUAAAUGAAAGGCCACAAAAAUUGGACAUUCAAUUGCAAUUUUGACAACUUCUGAAACUUUAAUCCGUACUCCUCCAAAUUUUUUUUACAUUAUACGACCAAAAUUAGGACUUCUAAAGUUCAAGUGUCUAUGAUUGGUAGAAAAAUAUAUGCAGGAUAUUCUCUAGUAUUUCUAAAUGUUGGUGAGCUGUAUAUAUUACGGUGAGCAAAAAUGGUGAAUUCAACAUAACCCAUCUAUGAUUUUUCAUCUAAAUUAAAUUAAUUUAGGGGGUUUUGCUUUAUUGUUGAAAGAUAAAUACCAUUUAAUAUAUAUAUAUAUAUAUAUACAUUUCACUCAAAUACUGUAUCUUAGGAAGUACAUCUGUGAUGAUUUUCAACCAAUCUUUGAAACCUAAAAUGUUAAUACAUAUAAUAAGUUUAUCAAUGCAUUGCAAUUUUAACAGUGACGAAUUAAACUCACCUGAAUGUCCUGCUCAGGUGUGUAGGAACAAGGCUAAAGGUGUACCUUACAGCUGUGUAGUCCUGCAAACUACCCAAGCUUACAAACAUUCAAACUUGAAUAUACAAGCACGAUGUGAUAUGGUGAAUCACCUUCACAAGAUGUUGUGUACUUUACAUAAGUUUGAAAGUUUGAAAGCAAUGUUGGCGUCUAAAAUUCCUCUACUCGAGGGGCAAAGGACACAUACAUUCGGAAUGUUUAUUGUCUUAUGUUAUUUAUUAUUGAUUUCAAACGCAUGUAGCUCUUAUAUGCAGAGUUAACACUGGUUUAAUGACUGUUACAGGAGAUAAAUGAGGUCAUUUUUUACUAACAUCCAUAUACUGAGUGCUCAAAUGACCAAAUAUAUAAAGGUCUAUUUUGGAUUAUGGCUAACAUGUAAUGGAAAUAUUUCAACAAUAUACUGUGAUCUACAUGCAUGGCUUAAAUGAUAUAUGCUGUCAGAAUUCAAUUGUGAAAAACACAUUUGAGCUUAGGGAAAUUACUUUAUUGUAUUAUUAGACAUUUAUUUGGUUUCAACAUUUACAAAAAUUAAGUAGCAGUAUAUCUUUAAAAAUAUAAAGACUAACGUGUCUUUUUUUUCUCUGAGGUGGUCAUGUAAUAGUUUGGCAUUUGUACAGUUUAUUGGCUGUAUCCUGCUAUGAUAGAGCACUCUCACCAAGCAUUUCAGAGUAAUGUGUGAAUGUUUAGUAUGAAAAUGUUUGCAGUUUUUUCUGUCUGGGAUGAAGACUGUUUUCAGAAUAUUUUUGGUGAAGAGUAUUUUCAGACUAUUUUUGAUGCCAGUUAAUGUAGUGAAACUAUUUGUAGCUUAAUGUGGUUUAUUUGCAUAGAAUGACACAUAAAUCUGAAUAACAGUUUGAACAAACACAUUUGCCUUUAUUGUAUAAGAACGCAUCAUGAGGCAUCCUAUAUGUUUUUGCCUUACAAAGCAACUAUGUAAAAGCUUAUGCUUCAUUUAAGUUGUGGGUAAACCAGAAUCUUACAUUUGGAUUUGUUGUGAUAGCUGCCAAAUAUAUUUGCACAGGAACACAAAGUUACCCAAUGAGUACCGUAUCCAAGGGGGUUGGCAAGCUGGGGUUUACCAAACUUACGUUCUAGAGAGACAUAGUCUGGCCAAAGUUAAGGGAGAGAACAGGGGGUGGGGGUGGAGGUCAGCACAGGUUUAUCCAGGGGCUAAGAUGUCUGGUAAAUGCUUCAUAGGUUGUGGGGAAUUCUGUGUACAAUAUGCAACUGUGCGAGAAGAUAUACAUAUUGUUCUCUUUCCCAACCUGAAAUGUUUCCAAAUCCCAAACAGAUCCUUUGCUGAAUUAGUGCAUAUGCCUAUAUUUACACUAGAAUUCCACAGAGUACUUGGGUAUUCGAGUAGUCGAGCUCCUGCAUCAAUUUAGUUCAUUGUUAGUUCUUAAUGUAUUUUCCAUACUGCUUUGUAGGAGGUUCAAGCAGGUUUUGGAAUUGAGAGCAGUUGAUGAGUGUUUUGGAAGGGGCUGGGGAAGUGAAGUGUUUCAGUUCCGAACUCGACUGUCUUCGUGAAAUGUUUGCCUACACCAUGUUAACAACCCCUCCUGAGGAUCUCAAGUUUUACACUAGCUGUUGCGUGCCUUCGGUUUUCAGCUAGAGCCCUUGGUAAACAAGAGGAAGGAUAGUGACUGCAGAAAUCAAUUGUUUGGAAGUUUGGAAGUAAAACAAACCGUCGUUGUGAUCAAAUAAACGUGCAGCAAUAAUGAGUUGUGGACGGGUUAUUUCAAGGAUGGCUCAAACAUCGAGUCUGUCUGUCAGGCUACUACACUGGCAAAACAAAAGAAUGUUGUUUUAAAAAAAAAUAGACUUAAAUAUGACUAAAGAUUUAAAUGAAUCCAUUGGGCUUACAAAGGACCAGGUUUCACCGAAUUUACAGAAAAAAUAGCUCUUAGGCCUAUGUGUAAACACAAUAAGAAGACACAAUAAGUGGUAUCAUCCAUACCUGACUCACUUGCCUGAGGUAGGACCAAGAGUCACAUUCUCCCCGCCCCUAGUACUUGAAUAUUUCAGAAAACAAUAACUCGAGUUCUAAAACUAUGUAUUAAUGCAACCUCUAGUAAACACUGUUAUGCACCUUAAGUUUUGUUACCCACACGUUACAUAACAUACAUAAGUUACAUUCAUGUUUUACAACAGAUUGUUCCAUGGACUGUGUCUCUGAAAUGCAACAGAUCAUGUGCUACAUAAUAUUUCUGAUGUAAUUUGACAAGUAAUAAAUUUGUGCUGCACCAUG